AAAGUUAGCUUUUGUUUGCAGAGCUGACUGCAGUCUGUGUUGAUAUUAUAGCAAGGCGUGUCCUGCUGUUUAAAUCAUCUAGGCUGGUGUUAAGGGUUUGUUUGUUUUUAAAUAGCAAUUUAUGAUUUAUUUAUUUAUUUGUUUUUUGUUAGUUCCGGGAAAAGUCAAUGUGCUGUUUUGUUUAAGAGCUCGGGCAAAGUGAUGCUAAAUGCAGUGUGAGGUCAGUGUUUGUGAAUGAAGAGGAGUCCGCUCCACCUGUCUCAAAGCGAAGAUGGACGUCAGCGUCUCCGUGUCCUUCUUUCAAGAGCAGCUCGGCUCUGCCAUCGAGCACGCAGUGAAGGCGGCUGUAGACACCGUCUUGUGGGAAAUUACUAAAGCUGUCGGCAGCAAAUUCACUGAGUUGCACAUAGAAAUGUGCGGAAUGGAGAAGGAGAAUGAAAGUCUGAAGCUGAGACUGGAAAUAUCAGAGAGCGAGUUGAAAGCGCUGCGAGAAUGCAUGAGCGCUGCAGGGGCAGAUAUUAAACAACCCCUCACAUUGCAAGAUCCCAGAGAGAGCCACACUAUCCCUGAAUCUGAAGCACAUGAGGAGCCACAGAUAGAAGCAGUUUACAAACAAGAGGAAUCCUUUGAGCAGGAGUGGUGUUCAAGUCUAAUGCAGGUUACAGGGCUGGCGUUUGUUAACGAUGAACAGGUCACUCAGCAGGAAUGUGUUCCUAUCAAAGAGGAGUUCAUAGAGCAGGAAUGUGUCCUCAUCACACAGGAAGUUCCAGCUGAAAAUAAUGCCUGUACACUUGAGGAGAGCAAGCUGGGAUCCAGGCUGUGUGAUGAGUCUCCAUCUGAAUGUGAACUGGGAUUGAGAGCUUCUAUAGUAGAUGAAGGAGAACACGAUUCCACUCCAUCACCGCACUGCGAAAACUCGUCUAAUGGCAAACCACAACGCAAGAAACACAGAGAGACGACACCCCAAGAAGAAAAUGUGGAGACAUUGAGAACUCACUCAGUUAAAUUUCCUUCUUUACAAGACAAGGAGAGUACAGAGACGCCACAUUCUGCAUGUUUUAACAGUUCUGAAACCCAGGGCAACUUGAAGACCUUGCCUCAUUCUAUUACAGGUGGGAAGAGUUCCUAUCAAUUAGGCUCUCUUAAAACUCACAAGGGAAAUUGCACAGGAGGGACUCCCUUUUCUUGUGGUGUUUGUGGGAAGAGUUUCAAACAUUUAUCAAAGCUUGAAAUCCACCAGCGUGUUCACACAGGAGAGAAACCUUAUCACUGUACUCAAUGUGGGAAAAGAUUCAGUCAGUUAAAUGACCUUAAAAGACACCAGCGUGUUCACACAGGAGAGAAACCGUAUCACUGUACUCAGUGUGGAAAGAGAUUCAGUCAGUUAGGAAACCUUAACAUCCACCAGCGCUGUCAUGAAGGAGAGAAACCUUUUCAUUGUGCUGAAUGUGAGAAAAGAUUCAGACACUUAGGAUACCUUAAAAUCCACCAGCGUAUUCACACAGGAGUGAAACCUUAUCAAUGCUUUGAGUGUGGGAAGAGUUUCACGCAGUCUGGAAAUCUUAAGUCACACCUCUGCAUUCACACAAGUGUGUAACCCUAUCCCUGCUCUUCAUGUGGGGAAAAGUCGCAGUGGAGAUUCUUGAAGGACACAAAAUAAUUCUUAGAAUUCAGACACUGGAGGACACCGAAACAGGACCAAGCACGACUAAAACACAGAAACAUUUACUGAGCACUAAAGAGUAAACGUGCUUGAUAAAUAGUCACGCCUGGUCACAAUUACUCAGAUCACAAACCUACGCUCACGGAUGGAAAUUAUGAAAUACUGCGUCUUGUUUGGACUAUUCAUCAUCUUGUUGACCAUUCUGCUUUUGUUGCAUCACAUCAGUAAUCUAUUCAAUGUAAUUAUGUCUGCAAGUUUCCACGUUUCUCCCUUGCAUUGUAGUUUGAACAUUAAGGUUAUUAUACAGUUGGAAUCAAAUGUUUACAUACCCCAAUGGAAAUGUGGAAUUUCUAGAAACAAAGAGAAAGGAGAAAUCUCUGUCAUUUCCAAGAAGUCAAUAUUGGAAAAAGUAAAGAGCUAGCUGAAGCCCUUAGACAGAAAAUGAUUUAUUGUCAUAAAGCUGGAGAAGGAUGCAAGAAGAUUUCCAAGCAUUUGAGUAUCCCAAAUUCAAGUGUUAUUUCUAUUGUUUGUAAAGAAGUACAAAACAAAUGGUGCUGUCACAAGGCUCCAUCAGUCUGGAAUAAACAAGGUUCUUUCACCAAGAAGAAGUAGAAGAAUUGUGAGGAAGGUUAAUAACAAUUCAAGAUUGAUGC